CCACAGGCACGGGGAGAACAUGCAAACUCCACACAGGCGGGUCCGGGAUUGCACCCGGGACCUCAGAACUGUACCGUGCCUCCUGUAUAUUUCUAUUAAUUUCCAAAUAUUUCCGUGUGUAUGCGCGCAAUUAGCCUGUAAACAUACACCGGCCACUUGAUUGGGUACACAUGCACCCAUGACAAUGAUGACUAAUAAGAGGUAUACCAAGUCAUCCUUUACAAAGGUGAUCAUUCUCAUUAAUAAUUCUCUAGGUUAUAGUUUGCCACAAAAAAAAAAAAAAAAAAAUUCAAAAAAACCAGAAACUUCAUCGUCAUGUGCUGGAUGUCAAUUGUGCACUUGUACCUAAUAAAGUGGCCGUUGAGCGUGCAAUGCUUCCUCUCAAAUCAGGCGUUGUCCCCUGUUCUGUCUGCAAAGGCGGCGCCCUCAGGUGCCACACCUGCGCCGCAUCCAGCGAGGACGACUGCAACAAGCAGGGCUCCGCCUCCUGCCCGCAGUACGCCGACGCCUGCGCCACCAUCACCGGACCCCAUACGGUGCUGAAGUCGUGCACCUACAAGGCUUUCUGCGACAAAGCUCACGGCAGCAACUCGGCGGCCAAGAUGGAGUGUUGCUACGGCGACAACUGUAACGGUCCGCACAGGAGCCACAGCCAAGGGGACCCGCACCGCAACGGCUCGCCGGCGCUGUCCCGCGGCCGCCACGUCCUGCUGCUCGGCGCCGUCGUCCUGCGUCUCGCCGCCUGUGGCCACAUGUAAACGCCGCCGCAUCUUUAUUGUAUUCGCCUAAACUUCUUUUCACACAGCCACCCUGCAACCGUUUCUGCUGUGCCCCACUGAGAUUUGUAUGAUUAUUAUUAUUAAUGUUAGAUUGAGUUGUUGCAUCUAUGUGUUUAGGUUUUUUUUUGAGGAGUGUAUGGUCUAUGAAACGUUAUUUUUAACGACAGCCUUCCAAAUCCAGUUCUAGUGUGACCCCUUCACAUCCAUCUUUGUUGCUUUCUUUCUUUCCGCAUUUUAUUUUUAAACACGCUAACCUGGAUUCUUAU